AUGUGUUUCCUGCUUGUUGUUUACUUUUUUACAAUCUUCUGUUUCAAAAGGUGUCCAAGAACUAGARAACCACAAAAUCUAACAGGUGUCUCAGAAUUCCAUCUCUUGGGACUUUCAGAGGACCCAGACCUUCAACCCAUCAUCUUCGGGCUGUUCCUGUCCAUGUACCUGGUCGCAGUGCUUGGGAACCUGCUCAUCAUCCUGGCUGUCAGCUCUGACCCCCACCUCCACACCCCCAUGUACUUCUUCCUCUCCAACCUGUCCUUGGCUGACAUUGGUUUCAUCUCCACCACGGUCCCAGAGAUGCUGGUGAACAUUCAAACUCAUAGCGGAGUCAUCUCCUUCGUGGGCUGCCUGACUCAGAUGUCCCUUUUUAUCCUUUUUCUAUGCAUGGAUGAUCUGCUUCUGACUCUGAUGGCCUAUGACCGGUUUGUAGCCAUCUGUCACCCCCUCCAUUAUGCAGUCAUCAUGAACCCUCGCCUCUGUGUCAGGUUAGUUUUGGUGUCUUUCUUGUUUGGCCUUUUGGACUCCCAAGUGCACAAUUUGAUCACCAUACACUUUUCCUACUUUGAGAAUGUGGACAUCGCUAACUUCUUCUGUGACCCUUCUCAGGUCCUUGGUCUUGCCUGUUCUGAUACCUUUACUGUAAAUAUACUCAUGUAUUUUGUUGGUGCCAUCUAUGGUUUCCUUCCUCUCUUAGGGAUCAUUUUUUCUUAUUACAAAAUUAUUUCCUCCAUUCUGAGGAUCCCAUCCUCAGGUGGGAAGUACAAAGCCUUCUCCACCUGUGGCUCUCACCUCUCAGUAGUUUGCUUAUUUUAUGGAACUGGCAUAGGAGUGUACCUUUUUUCCAAUAAGUCAUCUUCCACCAAAAAAGGUGCAGUGGCCUCAGUGAUGUACACUGUGGUCACCCCCAUGCUGAACCCCUUCAUCUACAGCCUGAGGAACAGGGACAUUAAAAGUGCCCUGUGGAGGCUGCACAGGAGAGCAGUGUGA